GGGCGGAGUGCGGGGCAGAGGGGUGGGGGCUGGGGAGAGGCGUGGCCCGAGCGGUGCUGGAAGCGGAGCCGGGACCUUUGGGGCCCGCGCUGAAAGGCGCCGGGCUGCUGCCGCCGCGCUCCUUUCCCCUCUUCCCUGGUUUCCCUUCUCCUCUAGACCUGUUCGCUCUCCGACCCUCCUUGCCUCCCCAACACUCCCACAGGUCCCGUUGCCUCCUGGUCCUUUCAGAUUCCUGGUCCUUCCUUCCCAUACUAGCCUUCCUGGGGUAUCGCUGAGGCAGCCUGGCCUGCACCCAGGUUCCCCUCACCCCAGCCACAUUUCUCUCUUCUCCCUCACGCCAACUUUCCUUUUCGCCCUUCUCUCUCUUUCUCACAUCCUAGAGACUGUCUUUAAUACGCAUUAACCCUGUACUGCCACAUCUGGCUCCUGCCCUCAUUGCCUCCAAUCGGGACUCUUCCUCUCAUAUCACCCCCACCACCCCCAACUUGGGCUCACAACUUCUCUUCACUUUUUCCAUUUCCCCAGUUCUCUGCCUUCCGUCUUUCCCUCUGUCCUCAUCCUCUGCCCCGGUUUGUGUCCCACCUCUCCCCCUCCACUUCCUCUCCUCCCACCCUCAGUCUCACCCCCUGGGCUGUCUCACUCUCUGGAGCCUCUCCUUCCUGUUCUCUGUCCCCAGUGCUCCCUACCCUCACCUCAAGGCGACCAUGGCCACCAUCCCUGACUGGAAGCUACAGCUGCUAGCCCGGCGCCGGCAGGAGGAGGCAUCCGUUCGAGGCCGGGAGAAAGCAGAACGGGAGCGCCUGUCCCAGAUGCCAGCCUGGAAGCGAGGGCUCCUGGAGCGCCGCCGGGCCAAGCUUGGGCUGUCGUCCCCUGGGGAGCCUAGCCCUGUGCCAGGGACUGCAGAGGCGGGACCUCCAGACCCAGAUGAGUCUGCGGUCCUUCUGGAGGCCAUCGGGCCAGUGCACCAGAACCGAUUCAUCCGGCAGGAGCGGCAGCAGCAGCAGCAGCAACAACAACGGAGUGAAGAGCUGCUAGCAGAGAGAAAGCCUGGGCCUCUGGAGGCCCGGGAGCGGAGACCCAGCCCUGGGGAGAUGCGGGAUCAGAGCCCCAAGGGAAGAGAGUCAAGAGAAGAGAGACUAAGUCCGAGGGAGACCAGAGAGAGGAGGCUGGGGAUAGGGGGAGCCCAAGAGUCGAACCUGAGGCCUCUGGAGGCUCGGGACUGGAGGCAAAGCCCAGGAGAGGUGGGAGACAAGAGCUCCCGACUGUCAGAGGCAUGGAAAUGGAGGCUGAGUCCUGGAGAAACUCCAGAGCGGAGUCUGAGACUAGCAGAGUCUCCAGAGCAAAGCCCCGGGAGAAAAGAGGUGGAAUGUAGACUGAGCCCAGGGGAAUCUGCCUACCAGAAGUUGGGCCUGACAGAGGCCCAUAAAUGGAGACCUGACUCCAGGGAGUCUCAGGAACAGAGUUUGGUACAACUGGAGGCAACUGAGUGGAGGCUAAGGUCAGGAGAAGAAAGACAAGGCUACUCGGAAGAAUGUGGGAGAAAAGAAGAGUGGCCAGUUCCAGGGGUGACUCCAAAAGAGACUGCAGAGCUGUCCGAGACCCUGACAAGGGAGGCCCAAGGCAACAAUUCCACAGGAGUGGAGGCAGCAGAGCAGAGGCCUGUGGAAGAUGGCGAGAGGGGCAUGAAGCCAACAGAAGGGUGGAAAUGGACCCUGAACUCUGGGAAGGCUCGAGAAUGGACACCCAGGGACACAGAGGCUCAAACUCAGAAACCAGAACCUCCAGAGUCAGCAGAGACGCAUCUGGAACCUCCCGGUGUGGAGGCUGGUGAAGGGGAGGCUGAGAAGGAGGAGGCAGGGGCUCAGGGCAGGCCUCUGAGAGCCCUGCAGAACUGCUGCUCUGUGCCUUCCCCCCUCCCACCAGAGGACGCUGGGACUGGAGGCCUGAGACAGCAGGAAGAGGAAGCAGUGGAACUCCAGCCCCCACCACCAGCCCCUCUGUCUCCCCCACCCCCAGCCCCAACUGCCCCCCAACCUCCUGGGGAUCCCCUCAUGAGCCGCCUGUUCUAUGGGGUGAAGGCAGGGCCAGGGGUGGGGGCCCCCCGCCGCAGUGGACACACCUUCACCGUCAACCCCCGGCGGUCUGUGCCCCCUGCGACCCCAGCCACCCCAACCUCUCCAGCCACAGCUGAUGUUGCAGUCCCAGGGGCUGGGAAGAAGCGGUACCCAACUGCCGAGGAGAUCUUGGUUCUGGGGGGCUACCUCCGUCUCAGCCGCAGCUGCCUUGCCAAGGGGUCCCCCGAAAGACACCACAAACAGCUUAAGAUCUCCUUCAGCGAGACAGCCCUGGAGACCACGUACCAAUACCCUUCCGAGAGUUCGGUACUGGAGGAGCUUGGCCCGGAGCCUGAGGUCCCCAGUGCCCCCAACCCCCCAGCAGCCCAACCCGACGACGAAGAGGAUGAGGAAGAGCUGCUGCUGCUGCAGCCAGAGCUCCAGGGCGGGCUGCGCACCAAGGCCCUGAUUGUGGGUAAGCGGAGGCUCCGCCGGCCCGAGGGCGCCCCCUGCUGUCAGAGCGGGAGCUGUGGUCCAGGAGAGAAGAGGAGGGAGGAUCGCAUGUAGGCGCUUGGAAGGGGCUUGGCGGGUCCUCUGGUCCAACCUGCUCCUUUAACAGAUGGGCAAACUGACGUCCCGGGCAGUGAAGUACACAUUGAGUCUUCAGGUUUCAAAACGAGAACUCUUCCUGAGUGCUGGUAAUCUGGUCAAAACCACAGGGUGGGUCGACAGGCCUGAGUUGGAAUUCCAGCUUGUCUCUUAAUUGUGUGAUCUCAGGGAAACCAUCUGAUCUCUGGCUUUAGUUUACUAUUUAUGAAAUGAAGUUAAUAAUAACUACCUCCUGUGGCUCAUGCCUGUAAUCCCAGCACUUUGGGAAGCCAAGACGGGUGGAUCACUUGAGCCCAGGAGUUCAAGACCACCCUGGACAACAUGGCAAAAUCCUGUCUCUACAAAAAAAUACAAAAAUUAUCCAGGUGUGGGCCGGGCACGGUGGCUCAUGCCUGUAAUACCAGCACUUUGGGAGGCGAGGCGGGCGGAUCACGAAGUCAGGAGAUCGAGACCAUCCUGGCUAACAUGGUGAAACCCCAUCUUUACUAAAAAUACAAAAAAAAUUAGCCGGGCGUGGUGGCAGGCGCCUAUAGUCCCAGCUACUUGGGAGGCUGAGGCAGGAGAAUGGCGUGAACCUGGGAGGCGGAGCUUGCAGUGAGCCGAGAUCGCGCCACUGCACUCCAGCUUGGGCAACAGAGCGAGACUCCGUCUCAAAAAAAAAAAAAAAAAAAAUUAGCCAGGUGUGGCAGUGCGCAGCUGUGGUUCCAGGUACUUUGGAGGCUGAGGUGGGAGGAUCGUUUGACCUCAGGAGUUAGAGGCUGCAGUGAGCCGAUAUUGCACCACCCACUGCACUCCAGCCUGGGCAACAGAGGAAGGCCCUGUCUCAAAAAAAACAAACAGGCCAGGCACGGUGGCUCACGCCUGUAAUCCCAGCACUUUGGGAGGCCAAGGCAGGUGGAUCACUCAAGGUCAGAAGUUCAAGACUAGCCUGGCCAACAUAGUGAAAACCCAUCUCUACUAAAAAUACAAAAAUUAGUUAGGCAUGGAGGUGGAUACCUGUAAUCCCUGCUACUCGGGAGUCUGAGGCAGGAGAAUCACUUGAACCCGGGAAGCAGAGGUUGCAGUGAGCCGAGAUGAUGCUGCCACACUCUCUAGCCUGGGCAACAGAGUGAAAUUCUGUCUCAAAAAAACAGAAACCAAAAACUGUCUCCUAGAGUUGUAGAAAAGAUUAAGUAAUUUAUUUUAUUUAUUUAUUUAUUUUGAGACAGCGUCUCCCUCUGUCGCCCAGACUAGAGUACAGUGGCACAACCUUGGCUCACUGCAACCUCUGCCUCCCAAGUUCAAGCGAUUCUUGUGCCUCAGCCUCUUGAGUAACUGGGAUUACAGAUGUGUACCAUCGCAACUGGCGAGUUUUUAUAUUUUUAGUAAAGACAGGGUUUCCCUAUGUUGGUCAGGCUGGUCUUGAACUCUGGACCUCAAGUGAUCCUCCCACCUCAGCCUCCCAAAUUGCUCGGAUUACAGAUGCUCCAGGCCAAGAUUAAGUAAUUUUUGUGAAGCACCAAGAGCGACAGCUGGAUAUCAAAUUACUUAAUCUCUGCUGGAGUUAUGGUGAGAUUAAACAGUUAUAAGGAUGCCUGGCACAGAGUCCAAGUUAAAUGAGUGAUGGAUGUGGUUAUUGGUGGUAACGUGCUUUAGAUAUGGAAGAUAUUAUAGGACUUCCUGCAUGCCAACUGCCCUUCAAUUUGUGUGUGGGGGAAGGGAGGGCAGAAGGCAGAGGCUCUCACUCAUUCUCUAUCAUUAUUGGCCCC